CGCACUAAAGUAUUCCCGGCUCCGAUGUAUAUCCGCUUGAUCUCAUCACUGUCGACGACUCGAUGAUUUCGCAGCACGCAGACCCCAAAAACACACCCGAAAACACCCCGGGUCCUCACUGUAUGAUUAUCUCUCCCUCGCGAUCAAGCAGUUUCGUGGAGUCGUGGCCGAGUGCCGCGCACGCUGUUAUGUCCGAGAGUCAGAGGGCGCAGGAGCUCAGGAAGUUCUAUGCGCCGUUUGAUGAUGGCUCCACGCCUGGCAGCGCCCAGGGUAUCAACCAGUCCAUCCUCGAUGACGGGGCGCUGGGUGCAUAUGCCGAGCUGAUCUUGUGGCGACUCCGUGGCACUCGGGCUAUGGUCUCGCUCAUAGACAACACCACUGAGUACUUCGUCGCUGGAGUUACCCGCCUUGACAGCUCUUCGAACGAGAUUACCACUAGCAAUGACUGGUUUGGCUGCUGCACUAUCGAGACUCCUGGAGGUCUCUGCGAGAAUGUCAUGGCAAUGGACGGGACUAAAGGGGAAUAUCCGUGCUUUGAAGUAUCAGGUCUUCAUACGCACCCGCGCUAUGAACACCAGCCCGUUGUCAAUGGGGCAAUUGCCUCCUACAAGUACUACGCGGGGACCCCUAUUACCACGGCUCACGGGGUCAAUAUAGGGUCCUUGUUCGUGUUUGACAACGAGUCACGGCCAAAUGGUCUUACUGUGCGAGAAAGGAAAUGCUUGUUUGAGACGGCGGGAAAUGUAAUGAAGCACCUUCAAAGUAAGAGGGAGGCAGCAGAGAGGCGCCGCGUCGCCUUGAUGAGCACGGGCGUGGCCAAAUUUUUGGAGCGGACGACGUGGCUUGGAGAUGCAGAUACGGACUCGAAUCCGGAGUUUCCGUUGUCCUCGAAUAGCUUUGGGGAAAGUGAAGCUCAGCGCUCGAGCAUGGAAUCGACAAACAUCACCAGUCAGACAUCAACCUCCGGCGAUACCGACAUAGACGGAUGGCCUAAAAAAAAGGGGGCUUCGGAAAUUGUGCUGGAUAAAAUAAAAAAGGCGUUGGAUCAUGCAGCCUAUGUACUCCGAGAGUCUCUCGAAUUGACUGCCGGCGGGGUUGUUUUCCUCGACACGGCUAUCGGGCCCAGCGAACCCAAGUCUAGCACAGACUAUUUUGAUCCUAUUCAGCCUGACCUCGACAGCGUAACAUCUGGGAUUGGGGGCGUUGAGCUUGAGAAUGAUUUGACCCCCGAGAACGACUUGACGAUGACGGGAAUUGACCCGAAGUCUACGAUACCCUCUGGCCAGGUCCGAGGGUUCUACGACGAGUAUCGGCCAGUUCGAGUGCCAGCGUUGUCCUGCUCCAAACAUGCGUAUCGGAGAUCGAGAGCACUAGAUGGGAAGACACUCCAGGAUUUCAUUGAUAUGUAUCCAAAGGGAAACAUAUGGUAUAUAGACGAGAAGGGAUAUUUUUCCUCUCUCGACCAAGACGACACCAUUGUUAGCCCCCAAAGAACCACCCCGAUGGAGGGGAAGAGGUCGAUUUAUAAUAUAGGCGCCGAUUCUACGAGGCAAGCGGCCGAGGCUGCCAUCUUAUCAAAAGUUUUUCAGGGCGCUCGUCAAAUCAUUUUCUUGCCGUUGUGGGACGCAAGCGGAAAUCGCUGGCAUUCCGGGUGUUUUGUCUGGAGCAAUAAUUCUUUUCCUGUCUUCACUGUCGAUUCUGAGUUGGCAUAUAUAUCUGCUCUGUCGAACUCUGUAAUGGUUGAGAUUAGUCGCUUAGACUCCAUCAUGGCCAACAACGUCAAGUCAGACUUCAUCAGCAGCAUAUCUCACGAGUUCCGCAGCCCUCUUCACGGUAUCCUUGCCAGUGCGGAAUUCUUGCACGACUCCGACCUUGAUCAAACACAGGAUCAGUUAGUGGCAUCGAUACGCACAUGCGGGUCCGCGCUGCUGGAUACGAUCAAUCAUGUCUUGGACUAUAGUAAGAUCAACUCAUUCCAGAAGAAGGACUCGUCCGGUUCAUUCUCAAAUGAGUUGGAUCUUUCGGCCAAUGUUGCCCUCCUCUGUGAGCGUGUCGUGGAUGGAUUGAUCGCUACUCGCGGCUACACUGGCGUUGGCAAUGAGGAUACUACAGCGGACCCCGAUUCCCCACACGAUGCACCAUAUGCUCACCCAGUCGAAAUCAUUCUCGACUUCGAGGACAGAGACUGGAUGUUUAAGAUCAUCCCUGGAGCUCUACGCCGUAUAAUCAUGAACACUGUCAGCAACGCCAUGAAAUUUACCAACACUGGAUUCAUCCUCAUUCAGCUUCGCGUCAAACAAACCGACGGACGACAAUCCGACCCGACGUCGAGGAUAGGACAGAAGAUCCUCGCCCUUAACGUUAUUGACUCUGGCCGUGGGAUGUCAAAGCAAUACAUGGAGCGCAAGCUGUACACACCCUUUGCACAGGAAGACCCCUUCAUCCCGGGAGUCGGUCUGGGCCUGUCCAUCACGCGCAACAUCAUCGCCCAGCUCGGCGGCAAGAUAAACAUCCGGUCCGAGCUCGGCAAAGGCACAGAUGUCGAAGUCUUGCUCCCCCUCGCCCUCGCCGAUACCGAGAUCACCUCAACUGAGAUGAGCUCUACGCACGCGCACCGCCACGAUGCACCAGACCGUGAAGCUGCCGCGGCAGUCGAGGCUGUGCGUGCCCUCGCGCCAGGCAAAUCCGUCGCGAUCUGGCGCGCGCCCGCUCAUACAGCCGGCACCCGCGACGACUCGCUCGCUUGGAAGACGGUAGCAGGGUACUGCAAGUCCUGGUUCGGGUUCACGCUGAUGGCAGAUCCCAAUGCCGCCACCCUCGCCAAGGCAGACUUCGUCAUCAGAGAGUGUUCUCCCUUCGGCCCGGAUGACGCCCCCCUCCCACCCUGUACAUCCCGCGUCCUCAACCUGCAGGAGCGCAUCGACCGUCCAUCAACACGACGCACGCACAUGGAUUCUCCCCUUUCGGAGACGCUGUCCCUUCCCACCGGCCCAUUCAAGCUCGCUGUCGCCAUUCUCUCUCUCUUCCACGACCCCGCCCGCCGCGCCGCCCUCGAGGACGAAGCCGCCAAUCCACACCCCGUCCGCUUUCCCAGCGACGAAACGGUGACGCAGCAUUCACUCGGCUGGUCCGCCGGGCCACCGACCCCCACUCCCGAAAACCGGCAAGAGGAAGCUCUGGUGCCAGCGCCCACUACGAACGGCACAUCGGCAUGUCACCCACGGACACUAUUGAGCACGCCGCCGCUCACCCUCGCGUCGCUAUCGCUACCCGUACCGACGCGCCCCCUCCGCAUCCUAGCCGUCGACGACAACGCGCUCAACCUGCUCCUGCUAACGCGCUAUCUAUCCAAGCGACCCAGCGACAUCGUCAUCACCGCGCGCGACGGUCUCGAAGCCGUGACGGCCGUGCGUGCCGCCGUGGACCCCUUCGACGUCGUCUUCAUGGAUAUCAGCAUGCCGGGCAUGGAUGGCUUCGCGGCGACGCGCGCGAUCCGCGUGAUGGAGGCGGAGCGUGCGGAGCAUGGGGGGAAUAGGGCGCGUAUCGUAGCGCUGACGGGGUUGGCGAGUAAGAGGGAUAGGGAUGAGGCGGAGAGGUGCGGGUUUGAUGAUUUUUUGACGAAGCCGGUGAGUUUCCGGUUGAUUGGAAGGCUGUUGGAGGGUCUGAGUCGGGGGGAUGGGAGGGUGGGGUUAGAGGAGGAGGAUGGAUGAGGGGACGUACUUGUAUGGUGCCGUCGGUGUGUUUGGGUUGAGCAAGUAGAGGAAGAAAAGCAUGGGUGAGCAGAGGAGAGGUACACUGUGUGGUACUAUCAGUCUGCAAGGGUGAGGACGCGCGCGCGAUAUUUUUCUUAUUUUGGUUUACGAAUUGGAAUGGGCGACGAAGGAAGGAAUGCUUUGGGAAUUUGGAAUUUGGAAUUGGAUGAUAAAGGCUGGCAUAUAAUACCCCAAGCACAUCUCAGGUAAAGCGAUAUAUAUCUAUCUACACUAGUAUACUACUAUAUGGUAGUAAUACCUCUGCAUCUAUGCAAAAACAAUUUAGGAAUUUAAUGUCUAGACCACG